AAGUGUAUUACCAUAAAAUAUUUUAAAAAGAAAGAAGUUAUGUGGAAAUUAUUGUACAAUUAUGUACAGUGAUUACUUUUUAUACAUUCAUAUAGUUGAAUUUAAAUGAAUCCCGCAAACAUAAUAUAAAAGGUGUUAUUCUGUUUAAUGGUGUCAGUACUUAACAGCUUUCGUAUGUGAGAACUACGUAAAAACAAGUGUUUCGCAGUCUAAUUUGCUAAAACUCAGCUGAACUUGAAAUAACACGUAAUUAGCGUGCCAUUUGAACUCGAUAAAGCGAAGCCAAGUUACAAUUUGUGCAAAGUGAUAAAUCGUCUUUGAAGGGUCGCCAAUACAAUCGGACGCUAUUCCUCCGUUCCAAUUACGUGAAGCAUCAACAUGAAGAUCGAAUGGGCUCCAGCUGAUGUGCCGCUAGAUCGGCGUUUGCAAACCUUAGUCACUGGCAUCUUUACGUUAUUCUUCUUCAGCUUGCCUUUGACAUCAUUUGCCCUCGUGGCUUUAUUUCUGUUCUAUGGCGGCCUUGUGAUUCGCACCUUGGUUGUGAUCUAUACUGUUUACAUAGUCGUGGACCACAAACGCAAUUACUCAGCCUUGGAUGGCAAUGGCUUCAUGUGGAAUCGCACCAAUCCAUUGUAUAACGUAUAUCGCAAUUACUUUCCCGUUUCCUUGGUCAAGACUGCAGAUCUGCCACCAAAUAAGAAUUAUAUUAUCGCCAGCUUUCCACACGGCAUUCUUGGCACGGGCAUUUGCAUCAACAUGGGACUUGAAAUCAGCCACUGGCUGAAGCUGUUCCCUCAAGUGCGUCCAAAGGUGGGCACUCUUGAUCAGCACUUUGUGAUUCCUUUCCUAAGGGACUUGCUGCGCUGGUGGGGAUUGGUCUCCGUCUCGAAGGCCUCUUUAAAUUAUUAUCUCACUAAGUCCAAUGAUCCCAAGGAUCCCACAAAUCGCGAUGGUUUCACAUCGAAUGCUGUGGCUAUUCUUGUUGGUGGUGCUCAAGAGGCACUCGAUUCCCAUCCUGGACAAUAUAUUAUUACACUGAAGAAUCGCAAAGGCUUUGUUAAAAUGGCCAUACGCACAGGUUCUGCCAUUGUGCCCAGCAUUUCGUUUGGCGAAGUGGACAUCUUCGAUCAAGUGGACAAUCCGCCAGAUUCGUUGCUGCGUCGCCUGCAAACCUUGGUCAAGAAGAUAACCGGCAUUUCGCCCUUGAUUCCAGUUGGUCGAGGUUUCUUUAACUACACCUUUGGAUUUGUGCCUUAUCGCCGUCCAAUUGUCCAAGUUGUUGGAGCACCAAUCGAGGUGGUGCAGAGCGAUCAACCGGAUGCUGACUAUGUGGAUAAAAUACAUGCCAAGGUUGUGGCGGCUGUGGAGCAACUAUUUGAGCAACAUAAGAAAAAGUAUACGGCAAAUGCAGCGAAAACAAAGUUGGUUAUAAAUUAAGCUGGACCUAUCAACGUCAUUCAAAAGGAGCCACAUUCGUUAUUUUGUUAGCAAAGUAAGACGGUCACACUUUUUUAUACACCAAAGUUGUUAGUUUUGAAGAGUGUUCAAGCAAAUGAGAAUAUUUAUAAAAACUUAGUUGUAAGUGGUUAGUAAUAAAAGUAAGCUGGUUAAUUUUAACGAAA